GUUGAUUGAAGUGUUUUGGAAAUUCGUGUAGUGCUCUUUCUAAUAUAUACAAUUAUUAAGAUUGUAAAGGAAGACAUUAAAUUACUGCCUGCAGCUGUUACUGUGUUUUGAUUAAAGCAGUAAAAUGGAUUUAUUACGAGAACGACGUCGAAUUGCGGUUAAACGCAGAAGGCUAAAGAGAAUGCCCAUUAAUUUGCAGAGGAAAGCAAUUAGAGAGGCGCGCAACUUGGCGGGCAUGCAACAGCGACAACCAAAGCGCAAAAAACACGCUAAAUCAAGGGCAAUUUUAGAUCGCUUAGGAACUGAUUUUGAGCGAGCCGAGCAUAAUGUAAUGUUGGCUGCAAGCUCCCAAGAGUUACGGCAGAUUUUGUCCGAGUUCGAAGAGCUGGCAGAUGUGCCCCACGAUCCCACGGCAGCUGAACUUUUGGGCCAGAUUGCCAAAGCGGAGGGCCGCGCAACAUCGAUCCACGUGCAACGCGACGGACUUAGCACGCUCGACAUUGAGCUCCAUCAGCGCUCUCCGACGAUUGCCCAACUGAAAAAAGCGAUCGCCACGAUCUCGUGCGCUCAAUUGAAACGAAGACAACGCGAACAACGUCGUGAGGUAGCCGAAGACGCCGCUGGCCGGGCCGAAGAUAGUGACAGACAACAGGUUGUGGGAUCUGCUGGAGCUGAAGCCAUGCCGCGCUCCAGUGGCGAAUUAGUUAACUCGGCGCUGCGCAACGGGCACCAACAUCGCGCGCUGGUCUCUUGGCGGUUUCUAUGGCGCUGCUUUGCACUGUUCAACGUGGACACCAAUCAGCCGAUCGAUGACAACGUUGACAACGGACGCGCGACUCUAACGGCGCUGGGUAUUGAGAACGGGGCUAACUUGAAGUUUGUGCAUCGCGUCAAGUAUUUCGGUCGCCGGCGGCAGAGCUAAAACGAAUCGAAAAGGAAAUAUUU